AUGACGGCUACACAUCUCUAUGACAUGCACGUGAGAACAAUGGGCCGUAUUGCAGUGGACAAGCACGGAUUUAUUUACUGUGAUGGAUCAACAAUCCGUAAGAUUGAUGACAAGGGAGUGAUAACAACCAUCAUUGGAUCAAACGGACUCGCGUCUUCUCAGCCGAUCAGCUGCGACUCUCGAAUGGACAUCAGCCAGGUGCGUUUAGAGUGGCCCACAGACCUGGCUGUGAGUCCGCUGGAUAACUCUCUCUACGUCCUCGAUAAUAACCUUGUGCUCCAGGUCAGCGAGUCUCAGCAAGUGCGAGUUGUUGCGGGACGACCCAUCCAUUGCCCCAUGGCCAGUAUUGAACCGGUGCUACUGGGGAAAACAGCAGUGCGGUCAGUGCUGGAGGGAGCCAAAGCUAUUGCCGUCAGCCACCAGGGCACACUGUACAUCGCAGAAACCGAUGACCGAAAACACAGCCGUGUGCAAGAAGUAUCCACAAAUGGAGAGAUGAUCAUAAUCGCGGGGGCGACCAGUGAAUGUGAUUGCAAGAUUGACCCCAACUGCGAGUGUUUUUCAGGUGACGGAGGUUAUGCUCGCGAUGCCAAGCUGAAGUCUCCCUCAUCUCUGGCGGUUUCUCCUAAUGGCUCCCUCUGCAUCGCUGACCUGGGGAAUGUGCGCAUUCGCCGGCUCACCGCUAACCAUCCGCAGUUCAAUCCCGAGGGGCUGUACGAGCUCGCCUCCGUGGCCGAUCAAGAGCUCUAUCUGUUCAGUCCAAACGGUACUCACCUGUUCACCCGCAGCCUGGUGACAGGAGACUACCUGCUUAACUUCACAUACACCCCAGAGGGCCACCUGAGCAGCAUAGCAAACAGGGAAGGCACCAUAGCGCAGUUGCGGCGGGAUGCUAAUGGCGUGCCCCUGUGGCGUAGCCCGGGCGGCCAGGUGUACUGGCUGACCAUCAGCAACGCCGGCAUGCUGAAGCGCAUCUCAGCUCUGGCGCACGACCUGGCGCAGCUCAGUUAUUACGGCAACACGGGGCUGCUCGCCACCAUCAGCAACGAGAACGGCUGGACAAGCGUCUACGAGUAUAACUCUGACGGACACCUCAUCAAUGUGACCUUGCCGACUGGAGAGGUCAGCAGUUUCCAUGGAAACAUGGAGAAAGCUGUCAGAGUGGAAGCCACUGCCUCGAACAGAGAAAACUUUAUUAUAAUUACAAACCACACUGCGGAUAACACCAUGUACACACUUCGACAAGCUCACUCUGUCAGUGUAUACGGCGUUCGAGAUGAUGGCUCUCUCUGGGUGACAUAUGCUAGCGGGAUGGAUGUUUCUCUCAGCACCGAACCAGCCGUGGCAUCAGGGCUGUUGGCGGGGGCAUCGGCAGGGCUCGUCCAUCCCACAGUGGGAAGGUGCAACAUUACCCUGCCAGGGGAACCAGCUCACAGCCUGAUAGAGUGGAGACAGAGACGUGAACAGGCCAAAGGGAAUUACACAGCAUAUGAGCGGAGAUUGAGGGCUCACAACAGGAACGUGUUGUCCAUAGACUAUAGUCAAGAGAGCCGGGUGGGGAAGAUCUACGAUGACCAUCGCAAGUUUACCCUGCGGGUUCAGUAUGAUGACAAGGGCAGGCCUGUGCUCUGGACACCCAGUAAAUACAAUCAAGUGCGAGUGUCGUACUCUAGUGAAGGCCUGGUCACUGGCAUACAGAGGGGAAACUGGACCGAGCGCAGAGACUAUGACAAUGGACGCAUCAUCACACGAACCUGGGCUAAUGGAAAGAUCUGGAGCUACACUUUUCUAGAAAAGUCUGUCCAGCUGUUGUUACACAGUCAGCGGCGCUAUACGUUCGAAUACGAUCAGACAGACUGUCUCCUAUCAGUGACCCUCCCCAGUAUGGUGAGACACAGCUUACAGACCUCUCUAUCUGUGGGCUACUACCGAAACACCUACACACCUCCCGACUCACCCACGUCCAGCUUCACGCAAGACUACGCUCAUGACGGGCGCCUGCUGCAGAGCCUAUAUCUGGGCACGGGCAGACGGGUCAUCUACAAAUACAGCCGCGUCGCCCGGCUGGCUGAGAUCCUCUAUGACUCAACACUUGUUACCUUCACUUACGACGAGGCGACAGGAGCUGUUAAAACCAUCCACCUGAUGCACGAAGGAUUCGUUUGCACCAUACGCUACAGACAGACAGGUCCUCUGGUGAGUAGACAAAUAUACCGUUUCAGCGAAGAAGGAUUGGUUAACGCUCGCUUUGACUACAGCUACAACAACUUCAGGGUCACCAGCAUGCAAGCCAUGAUCAACGAAACACCUCUUCCCAUUGACCUCUACCGAUAUGUGGACGUGUCCGGACGUAUCGAGCAAUUUGGGAAGUUCAGCGUCAUCAACUACGACUUGAACCAGGUCAUCACCACACAUGCCAUGAAGCACACUAAAAUCUUCAAUCCCAAUGGGCAAGUGAUCGAGGUUCAGUAUGAGAUUCUGAAGUCUAUCGCGUACUGGAUGACGCUGCAGUAUGACAGCAUGGGGCGCGUCACAAACUGCGAUAUUCGUAUUGGUGUGGAUAGCAACAUCACACGGUACGCAUAUGAGUAUGACGCUGAUGGCCAAUUGCAGACGGUUGCCAUUAAUGACCGUCCACAGUGGCGUUACAGCUAUGACCUGAAUGGAAACAUUAAUUUACUGAGUCACGGCAACAGUGCGCGAUUGACACCAUUGCGUUACGAUCUUCGAGAUCGAAUCACUCGGCUUGGAGAGAUCCAGUAUCGCACUGAUGAGGAUGGGUUCUUGCGUCUUCGUGGCAACUUACUCUUUGAUUACGGUUCGAAUGGACUGCUUAUGGGUGCCUAUGAUCGGGACAGUGAACAGAGAGUGUGGUACCGUUACGAUGGGCUCGGGAGGAGAGUGGCCAGUCGUUCUAGUGACGGAGCACAGCUGCAGUUCUUCUAUGCUGAUCUAAUGGAACCAACGAGGGUGACGCACCUUUACAACCACAGCAGCGCAGAGAUCACCUCACUCUAUUAUGACCUUCAGGGACAUCUCAUCGCGAUGGAAAUGAGCAGUGGCGAGGAAUUCUACAUAGCAUGUGACAAUGCUGGAACUCCACUUGCGGUUUUCAGUAGCCGUGGCCAUGUGGUGAAGGAAGUUCGGUACACACCGUAUGGAGAUGUUUACAGAGACUCCAAUCCUACCUUUUCUCUGAUCUUCGGAUUUCAGGGCGGCCUCUAUGACCCUUUCACGCGGCUGGUGCAUCUCGGGCGGCGUGACUAUGAUGUCGUAGCUGGCAGAUGGACGACGCCUAAUCAUGAAUUGUGGGCGGAGUUGAGUGUCAAUCCCAAGCCAUUUAAUCUAUAUGCGUUUAAGAACAACUACCCUCUGGGACACCUACAGGAUAUAACCAAGUUUACAACAGAUAUCAGUAGCUGGCUGCAGCUCUUUGGGUUCCAGCUUCAUAAUGUGGUUCCAGGUUUCCCCAAACCAAAAGUGGAGAACACCGAGCAAACAUAUGAGAUGAUGGCCACACAGAUCCGCACACAAACCUGGGACACCAGCAAGAUUGUGCUCGGCAUCCAGUGUGACCUUCAGAAGAACUUGAAAAACUUCAUUUCAUUGGAUCGCCUCCCCAUGACACCAGCCAAUGGGAAAAUCGGAGGCCGACAAGGCCGCAGGCCAAUUUUCUCUGCUCUAUCUUCAAUUUUUGGCAAAGGUGUGAAAUUCGCUAUUCGUGAUGGAGUGGUGGCGACAGAGAUCAUCGGUGUGGCGAGCGAGGAUAGCCGCCGUGUGGCAGCAGUACUGAACGGUGCCAUAUACCUGCGUGGCCUUCAUUUCACAGUAGAAGGCCGUGACACUCACUAUUUCACCAAGGCUGGCCCUCUGGAGGCAGAUCUGGGAGUGGCAGGAGGCGGAGCUGGAGGCGGAGUUAGAGUAUUGGAGAAUGGCGUAAACGUCUCAGUGUCCCAAAUCAGCGCUAUGGUUGGAGGGGAAAUGCGGCGUUUUGCUGACAUUGUGCUUCAGCAGGGAGCGCUUAGCUUUAACAUACGAUACGGAGCAUCACCGGAGGAAGAGCGCACGCGUGUGCUGGAUGCAGCGCGAAUACGAGCUGUGCAGGGGGCGUGGCUGCGGGAGCAGAAGAGGGUCCUUGAGGGGGAUGGUGGAAGUUUGGCAUGGACUGAUAAGGAAAAGGAUGAGCUCAUCGCAGAGGGCCGAGUCUCAGGGUAUGAUGGCUUUUACGCUCUGCCUGUUGAACAACACCCUGAGCUAGCAGACAGCCCCUUCAACAUUCACCUGAUCAGACAUGUGGAAACUGGUCGCAGGUAACAGCGGCACAUCAGCACACCUCCACACGCCCACACACCCCUUUAUACACCCGGAGCUACAACAUAUCUCUUCAGCUUUUUCUAGAACCCCAACCAAACAAAGCGAGAAAGACUCUAUUGCCUUUAAAAUGUGACAAAUGAUGGUAUUGUUUUUCAUUUGCAUUUGUUGAUGCACUCUUAGCAAGUUCAGAUUCCUGUUUUUUUUUAGAUUUAGUUUGGUCGAUUUCGUUGGAAGUCUUUCUUGUUUUACAGUGGCUUAACCGUUCUUACUACAGAACAAGCCUUGCUUGCCAAUCUGAGGACACAGAGAACAACUGAUCUGUGACAGUUCUAGACAUGCAUUAAGGAGUCUUCAUCUCUACACAUGCUGAUUCUCUCACUUGAGCGUGUACAGUAAUCAUACGACUUAAUGGGAAUGUUGAGUCAAACUGGUAAUGGCAUUAAAUCUUGCAAACCUGAGGGGCUUUCUUGAGUGCUCUGUUGAAUGUUUCUUUCCAAAUUGUCAGCAUUCUGGGAUUUACGUAGAAGGCUUUCAGAGCCCUCGCAGUUCAAAUGACCUUCCAGAAAUGGAGUUCUGUGACUGUCAAAUUCACAACCGCUUUGAGAAGCGUCUGACUCCAAAGUGUCACAAAACUGAACCCUCGGGCUGCAAGAGAUUCACAGUGUUUGGAGUCUUGGCAAGAGCUCACCGCCAUCUUGUGUUGUUUCUGCUUAAUCAGUGUUGACGAAGCUGAGAGAAGAAUUACACCGCUGCUGUGGAAGACAGAUUUGUCCAUUUUUUUACUCUAACUGUACAGUUAAUUUUUGUUUGUUUUUUGUUUUUUCAAAUGUAGAAAUCAAAAAAAAAAAAUAUGUAUGUGGAAAUUGUGCCUUCCUGGUCUGCUAGAAACGAUCACAUGAAACGGGCUUAGACAUAUCGUUCAUACUUCAGUAUUCAUCACAUGCCUUAGUUUUAUGCAUCGUGUUUUAGUUGGUAUUUAUUUUUGUUUGAUGUGGUGGGGUUUGGCUAGCGGGAGCCAAAAAAACAUGAAUGCUAAUGCCUGUGAGGUGAAUUCUUGUAAACAUCCCCCAGGAUAUAAACACCGUGGCAUCCCUGUUUACAGUUAAUAUGCUGCUCUCUUUUAUUUAUUCUCAUGUGAUUUUGCACAUUUUCUGUUGCUUUUGUUUUUGCUGUGCACUUAAUGUGAAACUCACUUCACGUGCUUGUCAUUUCGGUUUCGAAACAAGUGUCAGAGCUCCCGCGUUUUGGAUUCCUCCAAUACUUUGACAGGUCCUUUUUCUUUUUUCUUUGAUCCCUCUCGAAACUCGUGGGAGGCCUGAGGAGGAAGAUGUGUAGGGAAAUGAAAGAAUCACCUGCUGAAGAUGGGUAUUUUUGUCUUUUCCAAACUAUUAAAGUCUGCAGCACUGUGGGUAGACGUUCUGUGUGUAGGACUCUUGAUAUGGACUUGUACAUCAUUAAUGGACUAUUGUAGACUGUUUAUAGAUACUGGACUAUUUAUACAUGACACUCAAGAGAAUUAGGAGUAAAUGUAUUUUCUUGUGAAUUCUGUGGAUAUGCUGUACCAUCAAGCUUUGUAACCUUAAUCUGAGAUAUAUAUUUGCACUGAAUAUAAGGUGAAGAGAUAAACGCGCUAGACUGAAUUUUUAGAGAGUGCAAAUAUUUGACAGAUUUGUGAGAGAGUUGCUCUGAAGGCACAUUUGUUUUCCGACAUUUUGCAGAUUUCAACUGAAGUACGAUUAUGUUGCACGAUGAAAAAAAAAUUGUGGCGGAAAUAUUUUUCUUUUUAUCUUAGUUUGCAUCUUUGUCAUAAUCACAAUCAUCGCUGAAGUGAAAAAGGAAUAUGUAAUUUUUUUCCAUGAUCAAAUCAUCUUCCUCUCUACAAAGAACUUUAAAAAAAUACUUCAGUGUCCUCUCUUUGGCCAAACGAGUUCCUGUGGUGUAUAUUUGGCUGAUAGGCUUUAUGUACACAGAUUAAUGCAGUUUGUUAAACAUGCCUAUUUAAAAACAAGUACUUUGGGCAGUGGCCUUUUAUAAAUAAAAAUGCAAAUUUAA